GAUCAAGUUGUAUUAUAAAUAAAAAGUGCAAGAUGUAAAGAAAAGUUCAAACAAAUUCAAGUUGCAUAGGAUCACCUUUUAUAUAAGUCAAAACUUCAUUCUAAGUUUCUUUCACAAUGCAAAAGUAGAAGAAAGCAAAUCCUUUAUUCCCUCAAACCCUAAUCUAUUCUCUUUGGUUUACAAAUGGGUCGUCCUGAUCAAACUCUGAGUCCGGGAAUGCACAACAACUUCAAUCCGAUGUUUCAUCCGCAACCUGCACCUGAACCAACGGUUUACGAAAACCAAAUUGUCGACACCGAGCAGAAAUAUAUCCAGACCGGAGUACCAAAUAUGCCCAGACCGGUUCCACCUACGUAUAUCAAUCCCGGUCGAAUGGGUAAUCAACCUUACGUACCACCACAAAUGGCCCGACCGGUGAACCAACCAUCAAACUGGACUUCAGGACUUUUUGAUUGCAUGAACGAUGGCGAAAAUGGUUAGACACCGAACUUUUCAAUUAUUUUAUCCGUAAUGGUCCGUUAUUGUUACAUCAUGGUUUUCAUCCCUUCAUAUGUUGUCUGUUUUUUUUUAUCAGCAAUCAUCACAUGUUUCUUUCCAUUCGUCACAUUUGGACAGAUCGCAGAAGUUACCGAUGAAGGUGCAACAAGUUGUGGAACGGGUGGAAUGUUGUACGGCUUGAUAUGUUGUUUAUUUGGGAUACCAUGUGUUUACUCAUGCACAUUCCGGGCCAAGAUCCGAAGCAAAUUCGGGUUACCGGAUGCUCCAGCUCCAGAUUGGAUCACUCAUUGCUUCUGUGAAUAUUGUGCACUUUGCCAAGAAUAUCGUGAGCUCAAGAACCGUGGCCUUGACCCUGCCAUUGGAUGGAGUGGGAAUGUGCAAAGGCAGCGACAACAACAAGAGAUGAUGGCUCCCCCAAUGGGUCAACGGAUGAUGGGUUGACUUAGAGAUUAAUUUUUAUUACACAACAUGCUUUUGUAAUAUUAUUUGUGUUUUUUUCUUUGUACUUAUUUUAUUUUGCGACCAAGAAAUAAAUGUCAACUCAGGUAUGUAAUCUUUGUUGUGAUGUGAACAUCUUUGCUACAAUUUCUUAAAAUUAUCAUAUCACUGUGACAUUCUUUUGAAAUUCCAAAAUAAUAAGUUUUCUUUCUUACGUUUGUUUUUUUUUACUGUAGGUAAACACAUCAAAAGACAAAUUCCUCAGCUGAGUUUUUGACUGAAUAUAUCAUUUCUUUUCCACAAGAAAUAUGUAAUUUAUACUUUACAAUAAGUUAACCAUGAUGAUUUUUAAUAAGGACAAAGUGCACAACCGAAAUAAGAAUCAUUGUUAAAACAUGUAUGUAAUCUCGUUUAUUGAUAGACCAAUCGAAGUAAGAACUGGUAAAACAUAUUUAUAAGUAAUUAAACAUAAAAAGAUUACACCGAGAAAAAGUAAAAAAAUCAAAAUCAAAAUGUUUCUUCACAGGUCAUAAAAAAAAGCAAAAAGUAAAAAAUGUAUACUAAGAUAAAAAGUCAUAAAUGAAAAACACCCAGAGUAAAAGAAAAGGCGAAAAAAAUUUCAAAUGGG